UAGUUACUGUUAUCAAGCUUCUUGAUCAUGGUUACAAAGAAAAUGGAUAAAUGACAAGGAAUAAAAAUGCAGAUUACAACAAAACCAAUCAUAUUAAGGGAUUAUGUGAACCACAUCGCCCAGCACCACCAGCACCUCCCAUCCUUACAUCAACAGGAAUUUUAUCAGAAAACCAAAAAAAUCUUAGUAUAUUUCUAAAAGCAGAAUCUAAGCAUUAUUUAAUAAAUCAAAAGAAAGCUGAUCAAAGACAAAAUAUUAUUACAGAACUAUACCUUACAGAAAAAGAUUAUCUUCGAGAUUUGAAAAUUACUUACAGAACUUUUAAUUUACAUGAUCCCAAUUUUCUUAAAUCUAAAGGAAUAGAUGUAACGACUUUGUUUGGAAAUAUCUUAGAAAUUAUCUAUAUUGCUGAAGAAUUUCUAAAAUUAAUAGAACGACCAAUAAAAAAUUAUGAUGAGAAAUACCAAUGUAUUGUAUCUUGUUUUUUAAAUUUAUCUGAAAAGAUGAAAAUAGCUUAUGGAAAAUAUUGCAGUAAUCAUGAGUUAUCAUUAGCUCUUUUACAAAAGUACGAAAAUAACGAAGAAAUUAUGAAAAUUUUUUAUAAUGGAGUUAAAAUAUUACAAAUGCAAAUUGCUUGCUUUGAUAUGAAUUCAAUUUUAAUAAAACCAGUACAAAGAAUUUUAAAAUAUUCAUUAAUUUUGAAUGAAUUAUUAAAGUACACAGAGGAUGAUCAUCCUAAUAAAUUCAAAGUUGUUGAAGCAUUAAAAGUGAUGGAAGAUGUAGCACGAUAUAUUAAUGAAUAUAAAAGAAAAAUAGAAUUGACGACCAAGUACUUGAAAUCUAAUAAUACAUUAAUAGGAAAAAUUGCAAAACUAAACAUGCAUUCUGUAGCAAAAAAGUCAUGUAGAUUAAGUGCAAAACUUUCUGUAACAUUAGGUUUAACUAAUGUUCCAAUAGAUCAAAAAUUUGAUAAAUUAGAAAAAAAUUUUAUAUUUCUUGAAAAGACUAUAAAACACUUUUUAAAAGAUAUUGUUAAAUGCAUUAUUUUUCUAGAUAAUGAAUCUCAUUGCAAUGAGAUUGUUACUGAACAUCUGCAUCAAUAUUUUUCAGGAGUACCUAAUAAUAAAAUUUUGGAACUUCAGAAAAUAAGAAACAUUGUUAAAUGUCAAUUUAUAAAACAGUUAAAAACUUGUAUUGGAAUACAAGUAAUAUCACCUUUAAAUAUUCUGAUGCCAUUGCUUGCUGGACCAGAACUUUUGAUUAGUAAACGCCAUGAUAAGAUGCUUGAUUAUGAUUCUGCAAUUUUAAAAAAUGAAAAGUCCCAAGAAAAAGGACCAAUUUUAGCAGAUUUUUAUAGCGCAAAAUAUAAUUUUGAAGCAUUAAAUCAACAAUUAUUAGAAGAGCUUCCCAUUUGUAUACAAGCUGCUACUGCAAUUUUAUGUACAUGCAUUAGUGCUUUUAUAAAAAUUCGAAAAUUAUAUAAUGGAAAAAUUAUGAGAGAGUACCUAAAUAUUUCAAAGUACAUGCUUCAGAUCUCAAUGAAAGAUAUGUUGAUAAAUUUUUUAAUAAAUCACAAAUUAUUAUAUGAUCAAAUUAAUCGUUUUAGCUAUGGUGAUACUAAUAUAAGAUUAAACAAAAAUUCUGUUAACUAUUUUUUGCAAUCUGAUGUUCAUAGAACAGCUUUAAAAAUGAAAUAUCCUACUGACAAAUUGUAUAUAGUAACACAAUCAGUAUCCAGUGUUACUCAGCAUGAUUUAUCAGUAACUAAAGGAACAAUGCUUGGAGUAAUAAAAAGACAGGAUCUAAUGGGCAACAAGUCGAAAUGGUUGGUUGAUAACGGGUCGUUAAAAGGAUUUUUAGAAAAACAAUAUCUAGAGCUCAUCGAUGAAGCUAAAUUUAUUCAAGAAAGCACUAAUGCAACAUGUCUUAAUAAUUCAAUUGAUCUUAUAUCUUUAGAUUUGGCGGAGACAGAGAAAAGUAAACACUUUAUUAAUUUUAAGAAUCUUGAUGAAAAAAUAAAUUUUUUAAAUUCUAUGAAUCUAAAGAUUGAACCAAAACAAUUAUAUAAAAAUAUUUGUGAGUUUGUUCACGGACUAUGCAAUUUUAAUGGUACAGAAAUCCCUGGAGCAUUGAGUAUAAGAAGAAAUCAAAUAUUGAAAGUGUUAAAGAAACAUGACAACAAAAAUAAUCCUCAAUGGUGGUUAGUAGAAGAUUGUACUGGCCAAAAAGGAUAUGUUCCAUAUAAUUACAUUUACAAUAAAGAAACUUAAGAAACUUUUUCUUAGUAAACGUUCUACAAGUAUACAAAACUUACAGAUAUUUUCUAUAUAUUAUCUGCAUCUGGGAUAGUAUUAAA